ACAAAGAAAAAGUUGACCGUGAUAAUUUGUUAAUUACUUGGCUUAUCGUAGAUCAGCAACCUUUUACAGUUGUUGAUAAUAUUUAUUUUGUAAAUUGGAUUAGAAAACUUGAUCCACGUUAUACUUUACCAACACGUCAAGCCACAAAGCAAAUGAUUAUAGAUGAAUUUAAUUAUCGACGAGAAAGAAUUCAUCUUGAUCUAGCAAAAAUUCCUGGAAAGGUUUCAUUAACUGCGGACAUGUGGACAGAUAUUAAUAAAGAGGCAUUCUUAGGAUUAACAAUUCAUUACCUUGAUGAUAAUUGGAAACUUUGUGGAUUUUUACUUGAUAUUAUUCCAUUUAAAGUUCGUCAUACAGGGAUUAAUAUGGCACAAGCGAUUACUAAUAUAUUAGAAGAAUUUAAUCUUCACAACAAAUGUGUAGCCCUUACAACAGAUAACGCAUCAUCAAUGAUUGCAUGUAGUCGUAUUUUAGCUAGUGAAAUUGAAAAAGAAUUUAAUAACUUGUCAUUUUCUCACUAUCGCUGCGCCACUCACGUGUUGAAUUUAGCAGCUAAACAGGGCCUCGAACUAGUUUCUAGCUCAAUAGAGAAAGUUCGAAAUUUGAUGCUUAAAAUUAAACAUUCAACAUUAUUAUGUACUGAAUUGGAAGGUUUAUGUGAAAUCAAAAAAAUUAAAUAUUUAAAGCCUGAAAUCGAUAUUGAUAUCAGGUGGAAUUCGACACAUGACAUGCUAAAAAAAUAUGAAAAAAUGGAAGUUGCGUUACUAUUAUUAUCAACGACAUGUCCAGCAAUUAAAGAAUUACUUCCAAACGAUGAUGAUAAAAAGCAAAUCCAGGAUACUCUUUUAUUAUUGGAACCAUUAAAAGUUACAACUGAGUAUCUUUCGUCGGCUUCAUAUCCUACUCUUGCUGACGUCCGAUUUUACUUUAAUGAAAUUCAAAUGAAUCUUGAUUUUUAUAUUGGGCAAAAUAAUUUUACACAAUCUGAAAUUGCCGCUUCUAUCUUUCAGAAAAUUGAUGAAUAUUCAUCAUUAAUGGAUGCAACAUCAGUAAUAUCAACUAUCCUUGAUCCUCGUACGAAGUUAAAUGCAUUUCAUAAUAAUGAAAUUCAAGAUGCAAAACAACAAGUACUCAGGUUGAUGGAUCACUAUCAAAAUGAAUCAUUUGAAUCAUUUACUGCAAUACUAGCAAAACCUUCUACUAAUAAUUCCAAAAAAACACGGGAAUAUUUUCGUGGACUUAGAAAUCAAGCAUAUGCGCAGCCAAGUUUUUUACAAAACAAGUCUCCAACUCAAAAAAAUCAUACAGAGUUGGAAAUAUACCUUGCAGAACCGGUUGACGAAGAGAAUGAUGAUCCAGUUUUAUACUGGAAAACUAUGAGCGAAUGUUUUCAAUGGCUGGCCAUACUAUAUCAAAAACAAGAAAUAGAAUACACCCGGAAACUGCCAGAGCAUCCUU